AUGACUAAAAACCGCAGAAGCGCCUACGGUAAAUCAAAGCCCUCAGUCCACAUCCCAAAGUCGGGCUCGAAAUCAGGUUCUCGCUCGCCCUCUGCUUCCAGCUCUCCCUCCCCUCUUACUCCAAAGACACCCGCUGACGAAGCCAUCGAGUUCUUCCAGGCGCAAGCUCAGUCGGGGGACGACCCAAUACGCGUCUAUGAACUUCGACUUGAGCCUGAUGGCGGGCCCCAUAGGGACCUCUCAUACAUCCGUCUCCCACCAGCAUAUACGCCGUAUAUCUUACGCGUUUCACUCCAAGCGGGCAAUCCAGCAGCGAAAAACGGUGUCUUCAAGACCAACUUCCCCAUCAAUGGUGGGGUGUUUGGCAGAGAAAAUUAUGCAAAGAGAAAGUUACCGCAAGACUUUUCGAAACCAGUACAGGUUGACCUACCCAUCUCGCACGCUGGCGCUUUUGUCUACUGGGUCGAAUAUGAUGGACAUAACGGCGAGCGUGUCAAAGGACGCUCUGGGUAUUUUAAUAUCGACCCGAUUCUCAAGAUCAAGGCGAGAUCACCGAUACUGAAUGAUCAACAGCAAGUCCUACCCCAAGGCGAAGGUGCCGUGGUUCUGAACGACUACAUUCACCUGCCGUUGGACGGAUUGUCCAUCCUCACUCUUGUGUCAAAGUGGAUGGGGCCCUUGGAAGGGUGGGCGAAAUAUUUUGAUGAGGCGAAAGAGCGAGGCUACACCAUGGUGCACUACACGCCUUUGCAAGAGAGGGGAAGCAGUGACAGCCCAUAUUCGAUCCGCGAUCAAAUGAAGUACGACUCUAGCCUUUUUGGAACCAAGUUGACCAGUAGUGCGGGGAGAACAAAGGUGGAAGAUACCCUGAAGCUUGCGCGAGAGAAAUACGGACUCUUAAGCUUGACGGAUGUAGUCCUCAAUCACACCGCAAAUGACAGCGAGUGGCUGGUGGAUCACCCUGAAGCAGGAUUCAGUCCCGCAAAUACGCCCCAUCUCACUCCCGCACUUGAACUUGACACGGCAAUCCUUGAAUUUUCCAGCUCACUGGCUGCCAGGGGUCUUCCCACCAUCGUCACUUCAGGGGAAGACGUUGAAAAACUUAUCUCAGCCUUUCACGAUGUUAUUCAAGGUCUGGACCUCUGGCAAUACUAUGUUCUUGACCCAGCUCGGGAGACCGAAUCAGUAAAAGCGGCUCUUGAAUCAAAAGUGGAUGUACCAUGGGCUGGUCCAAAUGUAAGUGGGAAAAGUGCGGCAGAAUUGGCGGAAGUGUUGAGGGCCGAGAAAAAGGUGAAGGGGUUAGGUGGGUUAGCAUCACGCUUUGGGGUGAAAGUCGACAGCACUAUCGCCGCUGGUAUUAUCAAGGCCGCUCUCGGGGCAUCGCAGGACGUUGAUGCGAUGACGGAAGCCUGGAAGAAUGUUGUCGACGUGAUCAACGUCCCAUUGUACGAGGAAUGGAAGGAGGACCAGAGGGUUGCGUUGGACAACAUGAAGAACCGAGUGAAAUACACCAGGCUCGAUCCGCAUGGACCAAAAUUGGGCGAAAUCUCUGAGACAAAUCCGCUUGUAGAGCCAUAUUUCACGCGUCUGGAGAAACCAUCACCCAGUGCCGAUCCUAGUUUGUACUCGCUAGCGAAUAACGGCUGGAUCUGGGAUGCAGAUCCUCUGCAGAAUUUCGCCCUUCUUCCAUCCAAAGCAUAUCUCCGGCGGGAGGUUAUCGUCUGGGGUGAUUGCGUCAAGUUGCGCUACGGGUCAUCGCCAACCGACAAUCCAUGGCUUUGGUCGUACAUGACAUCCUACGUUACAUCGCUGGCACAUACUUUCGACGGUUUCAGAAUUGACAAUUGUCACUCAACUCCCCUUGAAGUUGGCACGCACAUGCUUGAUGCGGCGCGUGUUGUGCGUCCCGACCUCUACGUCUGUGCGGAACUUUUCACUGGAAGCGAGGAGAUGGACUUGGUUUUCGUACGUGAGCUAGGCAUCAAUAGUUUGAUUAGGGAGAGCGGCAACGCGUGGGAUCCCAAGGAGCUGUCAAGACUGCUGUACCGCCACGGCUUAGGAAAGCCGAUUGGAUCUAUGGAUAAUGCCUGCAUGGUGACACGGGAGGAGUUGCCCAGCCCGACUGGAAAGGGACCCACGAGGAAUGCCGUGGUGACGCCGCUCAAUGGAGCGCUCCCGCACGCCUUGCUGUACGAUCAAACGCACGACAAUGAGUCACCUUUGGACAAGCGGUCCGCCGAAGACGCGUUGUCCACGGGCGCACUCGUGACUUUUAGUUACAGCGCAAUCGGCAGUGUGAAAGGAUUUGAUGACCUAUACCCAAAGUUGCUGAACUUGGUACAAGAGAAGAGGACAUAUGAACCCACUGGUAUUGGGGAAAAGAGUGGAAUUUCCAAAGUGAAAAGGGUUCUAAACGAACUUCAUUUGGAGAUGGUGGUGGAUGGGUACGAGGAAGGUCACGUCCAUCAGGAAAAUGACUAUAUUGUCCUCCAUCGCGUUCAGCCCAAGACCCAGAAGGGGUAUUUACUUGUCGCACACACAGCAUUCUCAAAGGGAUCGAAGGAUCGUGGAUUCAUCGCCCCGAUCAAGCUACGCCGAACGAGGGCAAAAUUUAUUCUUGGGGCGAGCAUCGACAUUCUGUCCUAUGACGGACCUAAGGAUUCUCAGAUUCUCAAAGGUCUGCCGGCAAAGCUAGUUGAAACGGAGAGUGUGGUUGCACGAGAAGGCGUUGAUCACGAAGGGCUUUUUGCUGAAAUCGUUGUUCCCCAACAUUUUCCUCCUGGCAGUAUCAUGCUCUUCGAGACCCAACUUCAGGCUCACGAUGCAUCGCUUGAGGCCUUCUGUGCAUCUGGUGUCCAAGAAGCAUUCAGCGACAUCAACUUGGUAGAUCUGAAUGUCAUCUUGCACCGUGCAGAUGUCGAAGAGAGGGACGCGACUGGAGGUGCCUUUGGCGCAUAUGAGGUGCCCAACUUGGGUAAGAUGGUAUACUGCGGUUUGGAGGGUUGGAUGCAUCCGCUGAAGCAUAUCAUGCGGUAUAACGACUUGGGACACCCCCUGUGCGGUCACUUGAGAGAGGGCAGUUGGGCACUCGAUUACGUCCACCAACGUUUGAGCUAUCAAAUGGCGGAAUUCCCAAAUCUAGCGAAACCCGCACUAUGGUUGAAGGAAAGGUUCGAUCACGUCAAAGCGACCGUUCCGAAUUUCAUGCGGCCCAAGUUCUUCGCGCUGGUUAUCUCAGAAGCAUACAAGGCUGCUCGCAGGGCAGGGAUGGAACAAUGCUCUGAAUUUGUAGCCUCAGGGCAUGGGUUCACUCAGGAUUUGGCCAUGUGUGGCGUGCAGAUGCUUGGUCUCGUAAAGUCAGCUUCCCUGAAUCCUGGCGUCGCAACCCCGUCUCUGGCUGCUGGUUUGCCACAUUUCGCCACGAAUUGGGCACGGUGUUGGGGUCGCGACGUUUUCAUCUCGUUGAGAGGGCUCUUCCUGACGACUGGAAACUUUGAAGAGGCCAGGAAACACAUCCUCGCGUUUGCGUCGACCCUGAAACAUGGUUUAAUUCCGAAUUUAUUGGAUUCAGUGCGAAAUCCAAGGUAUAAUUCGCGUGACUCGCCAUGGUGGAUGCUUCAGAAUAUACAGGACUACGUGAAUAGCGCGCCCGAAGGAAUUGCCAUUCUUUCAGAACCUGUGAAACGUCGGUUCCCCAAAGACGAUACGUGGGUUCCCUGGGACGACCCGCGUGCAUAUGCUUACUCGACCUCGCUGGCCGAGAUUGUCCAAGAAAUUAUUCAACGUCAUGUGGAUGGAAUAUAUUUCCGUGAAUAUAAUGCGGGUCCUCAGCUUGAUAUGCAAAUGAAGGAUGAAGGGUUCAACAUUGAUAUCCAGGUGGAUUGGGAGACGGGGUUCAUCCUUGGCGGAAAUCAGCACAACUGUGGAACUUGGAUGGAUAAAAUGGGAGAGUCCGAGAAGGCUGGGACCAAGGGAGUGCCUGGGACACCCAGAGACGGCGCCCCAGUAGAAAUAACUGGAUUAUUGAAGAGCACACUGCGGUGGUUAAACGAGUUAUCUGGGUGUGGGAAGUUCCCUUUCAAGGGGGUGGAAGCGACCAUCAAAGGUCGCCAGAGGUUAGUGACAUACAAGGAGUGGUCUGAUCUUCUCCAAUCGUCGUUUGAAAAAUUUUAUUAUGUUCCUCUUGAAUCAUCCGAUGACGCGAAAUAUGCAAUCAACUCGAAACUGGUCAACCGACGAGGGAUAUACAAGGAUGUUUACGGAUCAGGGCCUGGGCAUGAAUGGGCAGAUUAUCAGUUCCGACCCAAUUUUCCGAUUGCGAUGACCGUAGCGCCUGAGCUAUUUGAUGAACGCCACGCAAUUGGUGCGCUGCAGCUUGUGGACAAAGUGCUGCGGGGCCCCCUUGGUAUAAAGACGCUGGAUCCAAACGACUUGCAAUAUCGACCGGUGUACGACAAUAGCAAUGAUUCAAGUGACCCAGCUAUUGCCAAGGGACUGAACUAUCAUAAUGGCCCGGAGUGGGGUUGGCCUUUAGGUUACUUCUUGCGAGCGUAUCUCUUUUUCGACACAUUGGUAGGUUCCGGAAAGGACGAUCGCAACCAGACGCUCCAUCAUCUCCACCAGAUGUUGGUGAAGGCUCGAGAUUAUGUUCAGAGAGAUGCAUGGGCUGGGCUCCCCGAGCUGACGAACGAGAAUGGUGGAUAUUGUUCGGAUUCGUGCAAUACGCAGGCGUGGAGUGCGAGUACGUUGUUGGACUUUUUGGAGACUGUGCAUAGAAUGGAAUGA